AUGACGGCGGACCACGACGUUCUUUUCCUUGGCUGCGUCGUCGUGACGCUCGCGGAGGUGCGCGUGCGGGGAACGCCGCUGCAGCGCGAGGCUCACAGCAACGGCGGUGUGCAGUUCCACGUGCGCGCGACGGUGCGGCCAACGAGUGGCAGCACGGAGGAGCGGAUGGGCGAGUGCGCUGAUUCCAUCGCCCACCCAUUGCAGAACACAGAGAUGGCGGAGGAGCUCGUCGUGCCCGUCAUGCUGGAGCGCGCCUCGUACAGAGUCGAGGCAAAUGCCAACAAUACUGCCGAAACUACGGUACCAAGCAACAGCAGCAGCAACAACAAGAACAAUAACGAUAACAGCAACAACUCGGAGGAAGAGCUGAGGGUGGAGUUAGUGCUGGAGGUGUCCAUUGUGCGGAGUUCUGCGCCGUCGGUGGUUGCGCGUCGCACCGUGCUGAUUGAGUCGCUGCGCGAUGUUUCCUACCAGAACUGCGGUGUGGCGACCGCGCGUGUGGACGCCGUCGCGCUGCGCCAGAGUGAGGUGUGGGGGCAUUUCAUCCACAUCCCCGGUGGGGGCAGGAACACGUCCCUGGCCCCGAAGGAGGAUGUCGACUGGUCGGGGGUGGAGGUGCAGUUUGUCGUGCGUGCCCUCGACAUCUCUGAGCCGGUGCGGGCAAUGCUUGCUGCCGAGUGCGAUGCCUACGCGCUGCUUCGCCUGCCGCAGCGUGACCCGCAUACAUCAUUUGUGUCUUCUUUGCAGCCGAAGCAGCAGCAGCAGCUACCCUACGGCGCCCUCCCCCUCAACGCGCUCUACCACUGCUACCGCCGCUUCUAUGAGUUCGUCUUCAACAAUACGCUGCGGCACUCUGAGCACGUGGAUAAAAUGCUGCGCGGGGCCCAUGCUGCCGACGGUGCCGAGCGCCGCUGGAAUGCACUGAAGACCGUCGACCUGCGGCCUGUGCUCCUCGGCGACGAUGCACUCGCUCCGGUGUUGGCGACGCUCUUCUACUGCCCCUCGCUGUGCUCACUGGUGCUUGACCAGAACAGCGCGGGGGACCUCACAUGUUACCGUCUCGCCGCUCUCUUUAGCCGCCACCGACACCUGCAGGAGGUGUCGAUCUGCCGCAACGCGGUGCACGAGAGCGGUGCGGAGCAACUUCUCCGCCUCGCACGGCGCAACAAGCGGGUGACACUGCUGUGUGCUGCAGGCAAUCCAUGUUCCUUCCACGUACUGGAGCGCAUGCAGCGGGUGGCGACGAUGAACGAGGAGACCAUGGAGAAAGACCCCUAUAAUGUGUUCUCCGCUUCGUACGCGUACGCCACCUCGCCAGACGCUUUCCCAUCUGCUCUUGUGAAGAAGGCCCUCGCCGUGUGGGCCAUGUUGUCGGUGGCUCCUGUACGUGCCGUUGCCGCUGAUGCCGCCGUUUCCGCCGAAGAUGGCGAAGGCAAACUAUCAAUCAUUCCGGACUGCGCAUUGUCCCCGCUGCUGAACGAGAUCAUGCGCACCGUGGUGGUUCGAAUGUCGCCGGGGUUGCCGGACCCGUGGAUUCGCAUGGUGUUUUCCGACGUGGAGAGCCCCUGGAAGACCGCAAUGGCCGCGCGAGGGGCCAACGACAACGUCAGUGGGGCCGACGACAACGCCAGUGGGGCGGCGUGGCCGGCUAUAGAGCUGGGGACGUCGUUUGCAGACGUGGAGGAGCUCUACGGUUACUCAUUCCUCCACAUUGUCGUCGUCACAAUGCGGGGCAUGGCGCGGGCAGCAGAGUGGAUCGAUACCGCUGCGGUGCUGCGUGACAUUGGGAAGCGGCAGAAAUCGAUUGGCGUAAUGCCGGAAGACUACCGUGAUGCUGUGCGGGUGUUUCUGCAGUCCCUCAUCUCGGUGUGCGGCAACGAAGACGCCGAUGCGGAGCAUGCCGCCGCCUUCUUGCAGUGUCUUGCCCUGGGCCUGCGGACGGCGGUGCUUGCGUGA